ACAAGCCAACUCACUCAUGGCUUGAGGCAAGUUCCCGGCUCCCGCCAGGGUGAGGCAGAGACUUGGGCCCGAGCUGCGCACAACUCCCUCGCCAGGGCCGGGCCCUCCCGCGAGGCUUUUUAUAGGGUCCAGAUCCAGAUGUCUGUGUCCUGCCGCCACCUCCGAGGUGAGCAGCUCCUGGCCAGCUCAACAGGGAAACCGAGUCAUGGCCUGGGACCGCUGUUCUUUGGGUCACCUUAGUUAUUAGGGGAGUGACCGGGGGGCCUGUGCAUCUCAGGUCACUUGAAACCUCCCUUGCCCUCCCUCCUCCAUGCUGAGCACCAUGAUUGUGGCUGAGGUGCCAGGGAGGGGACAGUGGCACAGCCCAAGGGGGUGAGGACUCCCCAGCACACUUUUGCUUUUCACAGACCCAUGUGACAAAGUCCUCUCAUGGAAAUACACAGUAGUUUGCCAAUGACUUCAGCAGGAAUAAGAGCAAAUACAUUUUUAUUCUGUUAACAAGAAGUCUCCCUUCCUCCCCCACCAAAUACCAACACAACCUGGGAUCUGAAAGAUCAAGUGGGAUCUUUCCUUCUUGCCCAUCCCCAUGAUAGGGUGACCCAGUGGGUUUGGUGGAGAUGCAGUUGAAGCAAUGCCCUCAGCAGGUCUUCUGGAAGAUCCUGGAUCAGAUGCCUUGAUUGAAGCUUUGAGUUCCUUGGAGUGUAGCUACUACAUUGAGCCUCUGGCUGUGCCCUGCAGUAUAACCUGGAGGAGAAGUAUGCCUCACAGUUUAUCCAGUACAGAUGGUCCCACAAUGAACUCUGAAGAGGAAAAAGAGGUGCUGGUGCUGGUAGAUCCGAGGGACUUUCUCAAGCGUCUCUUUUCUGUACUUCAGAGUCUAAGCGGUGCUCCAUCAGACAGCAGGCCUGAUCUCAGCAAGGUGUUGCCUUUGGAUCGUCUGGAGGCCCCCUCCACAAAAACUUGCAGCCUGGCUGUCAUUGGACUGGAUGCCUACAGAUGGUACAAUCGGGGUUGGGACAGGCAGCAGGCACUGUGCUCUGGAGAACAGGGUCAACAGGAGGAUCUCAGAUUCCAGCCCGGCCCAGAGCUGUCAAUGACACAGCAGGAGAUAGAGGAGGUGCUGGUGGUGCUGCAGCUGUGGGCUAACACUAUGGUAUCGUUCCUGGACACGUGGCAGGAAUUUGGUCAGCAUGUCUCCGCACUGACUAAAGCAAUAGCAAAACGCCCAUACAAGAAGCUACAGGAGACUGAAUUAUUCUCCUUCUGCACUGAUGGGAAGUGGUCCAGUGGCGUGCGAGUGGAGAAGGAUGGGACAGGACUCCGACAGGCAUGGAAGAGACAAAUCCAGCAGUUUAACAGAGUCAGCCCUGCUGCGGUAGUAGCUAUAGCAGAAGCAUAUCCCUCCCCAAGCCUGCUGCUUCAGGCCUAUGAAGAGUGCAGCACAGAGAAUGACAGACUUAACCUGCUGAGUGACCUCCAGGUAAAGCCAGAGGAUGGUGGGAGAGAACGGCGGAUUGGACCAGACAUAUCACGACGAGUUUAUCUUUUCAUGGUGUCCACCAGUCCGGACCUUGUUUUGGAUCUGAGUGCGUAGUGGGGCUCAGAAAGUGGGAGAUGGACCAGUUAUUAUAUCUGUGGAGACCCAGCUGUGGCUGAAGAGCUAGUGGUACAGCCAGGAUACUGUGAGUCUUGUGUGGGGUGGCUGCAGAUUCUUGUGUGGGAUGAAGACUUGCCGCUCAAUAAAUGUCUUGUUUUGAAUGCUU